AUGUUCCAGAUGAAUAUGAAAGAAGGUUCGGAGGAGGAAGAUCCAACGUCGAACCGGAGCGUGAAGAGGGCGAGAUGGCAGCAGCAGCAGGGCAAGGCUAGCAGUACUCCAGUUGGUGCCACACCAAUCGCUGCCAAAGCUCCUGCAGCUGCUGUCUUGCCGGCGGAGGCAGGUCUGGGUGCCGACAUGGCGGCCAUGAAUGAGCUGGCGGCGAUCAAGACUCGAGUGGUGUGGAUGUUGUCAAGCGACAACUAUGCCACCGCCCAAGACCAUGGGCUGGACCGGCAGUCCUUGAACAUCGCCCUCCCGCCGACGCCCAGAACACCUGGAGAGUUCAUGCAGCGGCAGAUCGCGGAGUUCGCCCAGUGGGAGGCGUUAUACGCCUUCCACACUCCCGAGCUCGCGAUCUAUGCCAGGUAUGUUCAGUCAGCGACGACCGUUCCCUGA